AUGUGGUACUUGACCGGUGGAGGAUAUACGUACGACACGGUGGAAUACCGCUUAACAGGAGAUGACCUAGAUAAGAGGAAAGAAGUGUAUGGUGAAAACCUUAUACCUCCGAAGAAGCCAAAGACCUUUCUCCAGUUAGUAUGGGAGGCCCUGCAGGACGUGACUCUGAUCAUCCUGGAGGUGGCUGCUUUGAUCUCUCUGGGACUGUCCUUCUAUCAGCCUCCGGGAGGGGACAGCGGAGAAUCCUGUGGGACAGCGGCGGCGGGUGCGGAGGACGAGGGUGAGGCCGAGGCCGGCUGGAUAGAGGGAGCGGCCAUCUUGCUGUCUGUAGUGUGUGUGGUUCUGGUGACGGCCUUCAACGACUGGAGCAAGGAGAAGCAGUUCAGAGGACUGCAGAGCCGCAUCGAACAGGAGCAGAAGUUCCAGGUGGUCAGAGGUGCUCAGGUCAUCCAGCUCCCGGUAGCUGACAUCGUGGUCGGGGACAUCGCACAAAUCAAGUAUGGUGACCUGCUUCCAGCGGAUGGAGUGUUGAUACAGGGGAACGACCUGAAGAUAGAUGAGAGUUCACUAACAGGAGAGUCUGAUCACGUCAAGAAAGCAGCCGACAGAGACCCGAUGCUGCUGUCUGGUACCCAUGUGAUGGAGGGUUCCGGCAGGAUGCUGGUAACAGCUGUGGGGGUCAACUCUCAGACCGGUAUCAUCUUUACACUGCUGGGGGCCGGAGAACCAGGGGAAGAGGAGAAGAAGGAGAAGAAAGGUAAAAUACAGGAUGGCAAUAUGGAGAACAACCAGACUAAAGUGAAGAAACAGGACGGAGCGGCUGCCAUGGAGAUGCAGCCUCUGAAGAGCGCCGAGGGAGGAGAGAUGGAGGAGAAGGAAAAGAAGAAAGCAAAUGUCUCCAAGAAGGAGAAGUCUGUCCUCCAGGGGAAACUGACCAAGCUGGCUGUUCAGAUCGGCAAAGCAGGUCUGGUGAUGUCAGCCAUCACAGUGAUCAUCCUGGUGCUGUACUUUGCUGUGGACAACUUUGUCCUGCAGAAGAGGCCGUGGCUGACGGAGUGCACUCCCAUCUACGUACAAUACUUUGUCAAGUUCUUCAUCAUCGGUGUCACCGUGCUGGUGGUGGCUGUACCCGAGGGGCUGCCCCUGGCCGUCACCAUCUCCCUGGCCUACUCUGUCAAGAAAAUGAUGAAAGAUAAUAACCUGGUCCGCCACCUGGAUGCGUGUGAGACAAUGGGUAACGCUACGGCCAUCUGCUCCGACAAGACCGGCACGUUGACCACCAACCGCAUGACGGCCGUGGCGUGCUACGUGGGGGAUGUCCACUACAAGGAGAUACCAGACCCUGGACUUCUGUCUGUUAAGUCUCUGGAUAUCCUUGUCAACGCCAUCUCCCUCAACAGCGCGUACACCACCAAGAUACUGCCUGCCACCAAGGAGGGUGGUCUGCCCAUGCAGGUGGGCAACAAGACAGAGUGUGGCCUGCUGGGCCUGGUGCUGGACCUGAAGAGAGAUUACCAGCCCGUCCGCAACCAGAUCCCAGAGGAGAAACUCUACAAGGUGUACACCUUCAACUCGGUCAGGAAGUCCAUGUCCACGGUCAUCAAACUACCGGACGGCUCCUUCAGGAUGUACAGCAAAGGAGCCUCCGAGAUCGUCCUCAAGAAGUGUACUAAGAUCCUGAACCAGGAAGGCGAGCCGCGGCUGUUCCGUCCCCGGGAUAAGGACGAGAUGGUGAAGAAGGUGAUCGAGCCGAUGGCGUGUGACGGGCUGCGGACCAUCUGUGUGGCGUACCGUGACUUCCCUGCCGACCCAGAACCACUCUGGGACAACGAGAACGACAUCCUCAAUGAGCUGACGGCCGUCUGUGUGGUCGGGAUAGAGGACCCAGUCAGACCAGAGCCUGCCACCAAGGAGGGUGAGUCUGCCCAUCAGGUGGGCAACAAGACAGAGUGUGGCCUGCUGGGCCUGUGUGUACACCUUCAACUGGUCAGGAAGGCCAUGUCCACGGUCAUCAAACUUACCGGACGGCUCCUUCAGACUGACAGCAAAGGAGCCUCCGAGAUCGUCCUCAAGAAGCCCACAGGCUACAGCUUUGAUGUUACUAAGAUCCUGAACCAGGAAGGCGAGCCGCGGCUGUUCCGUCCCCGAAUGAAGACGAGAUUGGUGAAAGAAGGGGAUCGCAGCGAUGCGUGUGAGGAGCUGCGGACCAUCUGCGUGGCGUACCGUGACUUCCCUGGCGACCCAGAACCCCUCUGGGACAACGAGAACGACAUCUCCAUGAGCUGA